AGAAACGUUAUUGAUGUUGACCGAUAACACGUUUUUAUGCCAAUAUCUGGCAUAAAAUCGGUGGCUGAUAUUAUCGGUCAAACCUAAUGGUGACUUUAACCAUUAUGUCAUGGUAUCAUUCAAUGUUGGUGGGAUGCCUGGUGGGAUACAUUGUGGUUGUCUACAAUGUCUAGUUGGAUUUUAGGAAACAGACAUUUUUGCUCAGAUUGUAUUGAAAUGAAAAUGAUCAAUGAUGAUGUACUGGUAGUUAAUGUUGGGUUUACUUCCACAGUGUUCAUCUUGGUGUGUGUGCAUGUGGGCAUUUGUGACUUCUUUAUGGUCUGAACCACCUGAAGGCAACACAUUUCAGAAGGACCACGAAAAAAAGCACCACACCUAAAAGUGGCCGCUGCUUUGUGAAUUCUCAUCAGGUCAGCUUCACUGGUUAUAUAAAAAAUGGUGGAGAGGCUGGCGUUCAUUGCUGAUUUUCGGCAUGCCAGCUGAGUGUGAGUGACCGCAGGUCUUUGGUCCAUUAGCAGCGGUGUAAGAGUAUUCAAAGGUUAUGUUUGGACUGUGCCCUGCAGUAACCUCAGCAAGCUAAUGGAUUAUUACCUGGAGGCUGGUGAUAGGUGUCGUUACUGCCCCCCGCUGGGCAAAAAAAGACUAGCAUUAUAUUUCACUUUGUUAUUCAACAGGAACAUCUUACAAUUGUACAGGUACUUACUACUAUAUUCCAUCUUCUUCGGCUACUUUGGUUUAUCCUAAUAAUACUGUUGCUGCAAGUAUUUGUGUAUUUUACUAAUUUAGCAUGAGAUAAUUUACAUUAUCUUUGAAGUGUAUAAGCUUUAAUACCAAUGUUUACAGGCGCACAAGUCAGUCUUUUAUAAGCCACUCUUCUCUGCAGCACCAAAUUAAGAGGUUUGGUGUUGAACAAACCAGUUUUGGUCAUGUUGACUUUAUAAGUGGGAGUGUUUGUGUUGGUCGUGUGAAAAGUUGCUCUAAAUGUGGCAACUUCUAGUGUAGCUCUCAAUGAAUAAUAAAGCCCUUGUUCUCACAGCAACCAAAAUCAAGAGGGACACACAAAAAACUCAUCAUACCAGCAAGACUGUUCCAUUUUGUCAUGCUCCAAGGGGUGGAAGAGUAGCAGAUUUGUAUAUGCCCCCCCCCAUUCCCCUCACAAUUUGCCAUCACUGCUUCAGGCUGCUUGCUUGUACUGCAUUCUUAAGUGGCUAAUUGUAACAAACAGACAAAAACAGUGAAACAAGUAAAGUAGAAGAACCUCUGAAAUGUUAUCACUCCCUGUCUCCCCCCCACCCGUGUCUUUCUCUCUAUUCUGCUUCACUCUAGAGUAGGCUGCAUCCAUCGCCCACCCAUGUGAUGCAUUUUAUUACCCAAACAGCACCAGACGGCUCUCAUCUUUCUCUCUAAUGCAUACAUGCUUGCAAAUGGAAUCCCUCCCUGGCUCGUGCUUAUGCACUCGCACAUUCACUGGGUCCGCGAUGGAUGCUGCACAUAAAGAUGGGCAGCAUGAAGUGGUUUCACAUAUCAGGGCGGAGUCCGGGUAUGGGUCAGAAUCUAGUCUGAGGCGUCAUGGAUCCAUGUUGUCUCUCACCUCAGCAGCCAGUGCCUUGUCUGCCACAUCCACAUCCUCCUUCAAGAAGGGCCAUAGACUAUGUGAGAAGCUGGCAGAAAUGGAGACAUUUCGAGACAUUCUUUGCAGACAAGUGGACACGCUGCAGAAAUACUUUGACUCCUGCGCUGACGGCGUCUCCAAAGACGAGUUUCAGAGGGACAGAGUAGUGGAUGAGGAUGAAGAUGAUUUUCCUGCCACCUCAAAACCAGACGGUGAUUGUUAUCACAACAACAAUGGCAGCAAAGAGAAACUGUUCGCCCCCGCCAGUCCUAAAGGCAUCAAUGGUAUAGACUUCAAGGGCGAAGCCAUCACCUUCAAAGCCACCACAGCCGGCAUCCUUUCCACUAUGUCACACUGCAUCGAGCUGAUGCUCAAACGGGAGGACAGCUGGCAGAAGAGAAUGGACAAGGAACUAGAGAAGAGGAGAAGGGUGGAAGAUGCCUACAAGUCUGCUGUGAUCGAACUAAAGAAAAAAUCCCACUACGGCGGUCCUGACUAUGAGGAGGGUCCCAACAGUCUGAUCAAAGAGGAUGAGUUCUUUGACGCAGUGGAGGCUGCACUCGACAGACAAGACAAGAUAGAGGAGCAGUGCCAGUCAGAGAAGGUCAGGAUCCCUCGACUGACUCCAGUUCCUCCAGGCGAUGUCUAUUCAAGCAUCGGCGCACACCGAUACGCUAGCAAGGCGCAUAGUUACUCCUCUUCCCUUUCCUCUGUCGAGCUAGUCAGUGCUUCAGAUGACAUUCACAGAUUCAGCCCUCAGGUGGAAGAGAUGGUGCAGAAUCAUAUGACGUACUCUCUUCAGGACGUGGGCGGAGAUGCAAACUGGCAGCUGGUUAUCGAGGAAGGAGAGAUGAAGGUGUACAGGAGGGAAGUGGAAGAGAAUGGGAUUGUGUUAGAUCCCCUCAAAGCUACACAUUCUGUCAAAGGGGUGACAGGACAUGAGGUGUGCCAUUACUUCUGGGACACUGCAGUACGCAUGGACUGGGAGACCACAAUUGAAAACUUCAACGUUGUGGAAACGCUCUCCGACAACGCCAUCAUCGUUUAUCAGACACACAAGAGGGUGUGGCCAGCCUCUCAGAGAGACGUCCUCUAUGUAUCAGCCAUCAGGAAGAUUUUAGCAACCAAUGAAAACGAUCCCGACACCUGGCUGGUCUGCAACUUCUCUGUCGACCACGACAAUGCGCCUCCCUCAAACCGCUGCGUCCGAGCCAAAAUCAACGUUGCCAUGAUCUGCCAAACUCUGGUCAGCCCACCAGAGGGCGACAAAGAGAUCAGCAGGGAUAACAUCCUGUGUAGGAUCACCUAUGUUGCCAAUGUAAAUCCAGGUGGGUGGGCUCCGGCCUCGGUCCUCAGAGCCGUCGCCAAGAGAGAGUAUCCUAAGUUCCUCAAACGUUUCACCUCCUACGUCCAGGAGAAGACGACGGGGAAGCCUAUCCUGUUCUGAGAGGAUCCAAGCUGGUAAAGGCUGAAGGCUGCCCCCCCCUUUUUUGAAAGACAACGGCGUGAAGCACGCGCUCCACGUGAAACAAGAGUCUGAUCCAGGAUGGCCCUAAGGAUUCCCCCCCGCCCCCCUUGACCCUUGAACACAAGAGACUGGUUGUGUGGCUUUAAUCCAUCAGUAUUUGUCCUUCCAGCUUAACAUCUGCGGGUCCUUUUUAUAUGUAAAGUUCCUCCUUGGUGAAUGAUUGUUAUAUUUGCUUUUUUUUUGUAGAUUGUUUUUGUACAUUUCCUAUGUGUGACAUACUUGCUGUGUUUUGGGGCUAACUAAUAGCAUGACCGCUGCUUGUUUGCUGCUGCUAAAGAGAGAAAGGCGGCGUCUCCUCUAGUGACGACUGCUCCGGUCUGAGGGAGGGCGAGCGCCUGACGCUUUCAGAAGUGUUUUUCUCUGAGGUCUUUCUUUUUCUAUAGCAACGUGUUGUACAGAGAAACGCAAGGAAGUUUACCAAAGUGCGAAAUGUGAAUUGACUGUUCGACACGCUUGAAUUAGAUGACGGUAACGUGCCAAGGAAACUUGAAGUCUCAUUGACGCUUGGACAAUAUUUUCAGUAGAAGCUGCUGAUGAUGAUUGAUUUCAGAUGCUGUGUUGCAGCUAUUUGACCUGCCGUAGCGUCUCUGUAAAGAUUCCUCCCUUUAGUUGCGGGUUAAGUAAUUUCGUUUUUCUUCAUCUCUUCCCCCCCCCCUUUCUGAGGGAGCGCUGAGAAUGUCUCCGCUCAUGAGCGUCGAAUUAUUUGUCUAUGUGCACAAUCUCUGUAAAACACUUUUAGUAGUAUAUCCCCUUCGCCGUAAAUUUAGCAUUCCAACGCUAAUAUUACAUUUCGCGUGUCACACUAGAGUGCACAGUGACUGAGAAUGAUAAACGACCCCCAGGGAUGCCUUAGACGCCAGCUAGAGCCUGGUUAUUGUUACUCUACAAAUACAACCACCACAUGUGCAUUUAUCAACGUUCACUGACUGUGUUUGUGUGUGUUUGUGUGUGUGUGUGUGUGCGUGUGCCAGGGGUGGGAGGGUCAGCAUUUCACUUCAUGAUCUUACCUCAAGGUUACAAUUACAAUUAUUUUUGUGUUUGUUUUUCUCAUCAAAUUUGAUCUGCAUCGCCAUCUGAUUAAUUAUUCGAGGAGGCGGAGUUUAGGAAGGAUCCGGAUGAUUAUUUAUAAACUGGACUCUGCGUGUCAGCUGAAGAAGAAAAUGGCUCGUGUUUUAUUCAUUUUUGGUAUCGUGUCACUAAUCCUCACACUUUGUAUGUUUCUAAGUUGUACAUGAGAAGUGUUAUUAUUUGCACUAAAUGUAAUGCAAGUUGACAAUGUUCUGUAAAUUAAAAUUGCUACACAACACAAAUGUGCUGAGGUG